AUAUAGUUCCACAUUGCCCCUCACUCAACGAACUACACACCUUUCUUGAAUCCAAUUGAAGCUCACUCAUCAACUCACAAUGACACGCGUACUUUUGACCGGAGGUUCAGGCUUCAUUGCCGCACACGUCCUCGACAUUCUGCUCGAGCAUGGCCACUCGGUCGUGACUACUGUUCGUUCGCAGGAGAAGGCCAACAAGAUCAAGGAGGCCCACCCCGACGCUUCUGAGAAACAGCUCUCUUUUGCCAUUGUCGAAGAUAUCGCACAAGAGGGUGCUUUUGACAAGGCUGUUGUGUCUGACCCUCCAUUUGAGGCCGUCAUCCACACUGCAUCUCCAUUCCACUUCAACGUCACCGACGUUCAGAAGGAAUUGCUCGACCCUGCUGUCAUCGGAACCACUGGUAUCCUGAAGUCGAUCAAGAAGAGUGCACCAUCAGUCAAGCGUGUUGUCAUCACCUCCAGCUUUGCCGCCAUCAUCAACCCCAGCAAGGCUAACUGGCCCGACCACACCUACACUGAGGCCGACUGGAACCCUAUCACACAGGAGGAGGCUGUUCAGAACCCUGCCAACGGAUACCGUGCCAGCAAGACAUUCGCCGAGAAGGCCUCGUGGGACUUCCUCGAGAAGGAGAAGCCCAACUUCACCAUUUCCACCAUGAACCCGCCCCUCGUCCUUGGCCCUAUUGUCCACUACUUGAACUCGCUCGACUCGCUGAACACCAGCAACCAGCGUAUCAGAGACAUCUACCAAGGCAAGGCCAAGGAGCAGAUUCCCGAGACUGGCACCUUCCUGUGGGUCGACGUGCGCGACCUCGCACUCUGCCACGUCAAGGCCAUCGAGGUCGAGGCUGCCGCCAACAAGAGAUUCUUCGUCACCGCUGGCCACUUCUCCAACAAGGAGAUCGCCCAGAUCAUCAAGAAGGAAUACCCUCAGACCCAAGGCCUUCCAUCAGAGAGCACCGAGGGCGGCGACUACCCCAAGGACGGUGUCUACAGCUACGACAACAGCAGAACCAAGGACGUUCUGGGUAUUCAGUUCAAGUCACUUCACGAUUCGAUCAAGGACACAGUGAAGUCCUUCCAGUCGGUCGGCGCAUGAUGAAGAGGCAACAAUGAGCUUGCAUUAUGAUUAGGCUAGCUAGAUUUAUAUCCCUUCGACCACAAAUGAUGAUUGAUGCCUGUACACUUUAUAAUGUUAGCCG